AAAUGUCGUUAUUUUGUUUAUUUAUUCCAAGUAACAAAGUAAGUAAACAUAAUUAUGCUUAAAGUAUGCGUUCUGCACAAAAAUAAACAAAAGUAUUUUUGUGUUUAUGACAACUUGGUGUGAAGCCCCUUGUUUCGUUGUGUAACAUUUAUCGAAUGCGUGGAUUAAAUUGCUUGAAAUUGAGAAGUGGUUUUGGUUCAACAAUCUGGUUAGGACUAAAAAUAUUAGUUAUAGUGUUAUUAUGCUUAGGAAUACUACAUAUGGUUCUGAAGACAAAAAUAACCACAAACACCGUGGUUAGAACUCGAAACUCUGCUGAUUCAGCAUAUCUUUCAAGUUGGAGUUGUGAACUUAAUAAACGUAUGCUUCAAGAGUUACAACGCGAAAUUGAAGAAAAAGACAAACUGCUUAAAUACCGCGGUAAGGUAAUUGCGAGUUUGCGAACUCUAGUGCAAGAUUUGAACGCAACCAACAAAGUGUUGACAAACACUUUAACAAAUCUCACUGAGGUUUUGGUUGCAAAAAACUUUUCAAACAAUUUAAUGCAUGAAAAUAAACAAAAAGAUUCGUUUUAUUUAAGGUCUAAUGAACCAACGCCCUUUCCACCUCAUCUACGCGAUUCAGUAGAACGACCAUCUCGUCCUUGCUGCUUGGCUUUAAAAAGAAUGACAGAUAUUUUAAGGAUAUAUAUGGAAACUACACAAGAGUUACGAGAACAAGUUGCAGUGUUUCAAAAUUUGAAUAUAACAGAACAAAUCAAUGAUCUUGCCGAGCAAGAAAAAAAAAAGUUUGCCGUAGAAAAUUGCAGUAUUUAUUUUACUAAUGAUGUAAAAAACAGAACAAAGCCAGAAAAGUACUCUUUAUACCAGACCUUUUCAAAUGGCUAUUUUUAUGAAACUUUUCCUUGGCAUAAAUUAGAAAAACAAAAUUCCAAAUCAAAAAGUUAUCACCGAAAUAUUGAUUUUCAACGAGCUGUCAACUUUAGCUUAAAAGAAAUUUUAAAAAUAAAUAAACUACCAUCGAAGUACUUCCAUGUUGAAAAUGCGUUGAUGAAAUAUGACGAAAUACACGGCGUCGAAUAUAAAAUAAGCUUUCUUUAUAACAAAACUCGUUCAUUUUUAGUCGAGGUUGUAAAACCGUUUGGCCCUCAAAUUUUACGCGAGCUUACAGAAGAACCCUUUCGUCAAAACAAAGAACUAAUUAAUAUAAUAGUUCCAGUGUCUGGGCGAGCUCAACGCCUGCACGAAUUUUUAGAAAAUAUUCGAAUUAUUGCUAAAAGUGGAGAAAAUAUAUUUUUAACUAUUGUAAUAUAUGGAGCAGAUGAAAAUGAUAUUAAAAAAACUGUGAAAAAGUUUAGUGUAGAAAAUAACUUUAAAAGUUACGAUAUAUUAAAGAAAAACGUUCCGUUUAAUCGAGGACGCGCUCUGCACGAUGGUAUACAACGGUGGAACGGUUAUAAAAACGUUCUUAUGUUUUUCUGUGAUGUAGACAUAAAGUUUGAUGUAUCAUUUUUAAAUAGAUGUCGCCAGCAGACUGUUUUGGGAAAAUCUGUUUACUUUCCUAUUUUGUUUAGCUUGUAUAAUCCAAAAAUUGUAUUUAAUGGAGAGAACUAUUCAAACUCUAAAUAUUUUGAAGUUUCAGAAAGUAAUGGUAUAUGGAGAACUUUGGGCUAUGGAAUGGUUUGUACUUAUAAACCGGAUUAUUUAGCAGUUCAUGGAUUCAAUCUUCGUAUACAAGGAUGGGGUGGAGAAGAUGUCAGCUUAUAUUAUAGGUAUUUAAAAAAAAACUAUAAAGUCAUUAGAGCCCCAGAUCCCAAUCUUUUCCAUGUUUGGCACCCAAAGUUAUGUCUUAAAACACUAAGUAAACGACAGUAUGAAACAUGUAUUGGCUCCAUGGCAAGAUACGAGGGAUCUCAAAGACAGCUAGGAAUUUUACUUUUUGCUAACUCUACUAUCAAUGGGCGAAUGGUAAUUACAAAAAGUUAAAAAAGAAAUCAUUGAUUGGAACAAAUGCGGAAACCCUCGAGCGGAGAAAUCGCCUCAAAUUAAAAAAACUUAUAAGCUUAGCAAUUCGGUGGAUCAUGAUUCGCUCAUCAUCAGACAAUAAGUUUAUCAGAUAAGAUUUUCAGUUUUAAAAUAUUUAUAGAAUUUGCCAUUAAUAUCGCAAUUUGAAUUGCACCUGGUUUGUGAA